CACAAACAAAUCUAUAUGCUUGCUAAUCCGUACAUAGCUAAACAUCAAUUAAACGCUUUCUCUCCAGUUGCAACAUCAUACACUGAUUUUAUUUGCUCUUAUUAAGAAAAAAAAUCUCUUAUCCUUAUAAGUAUUAACGAAUUAAAAAUAUCAUACUUUGGCUGUUAUUACACAAUUUAACAAAUAUCGAGGUUCUUGAGGGAGACGAAAAUAAGAUACGGUUCCAAUACUUCAAUCGUCAACGACGAUUGCUAGUGCUGGUAGCAAUGCAUACACUGCUAACGUUCAUGGUUGUCUAUACAACAAAAAUCACUGUUUCGAUGGCAGCAGUCAUACAUGCGGAAGACAACGUAGACAGCGAACCAGAAAUGUUGGAAUAUGCACCACAAUUUGAACACCAUCCUCAAUAUGCCUUCAGCUAUGGUGUCAAAGAUUUAAAUACUGGUGAUGUUAAAUCACAAUGGGAAUCGAGAGAAGGCGAUACAAUAAAAGGUCAUUACAGCGUUUUAGAGCCGGAUGGUUCCAUACGUACAGUUUCCUAUACAGCUGAUGCUAAAAAUGGUUUCAAUGCUAUUGUUAAAACGGUGGGAGCAAGCUCUCAUCCGGUUACCGAUACACCUCAUAACCCAAAUAGCAAAAAUGAUGAUACCUCGCAGUCCAAAAUUAAUCCUUAUAGUAAAAAUCAAGAACAUAUUGUCCUGUCUUCGGAUAUUAAUCAUGUUAAGCAACCUAUUGAAGAUAUUUCUCUUUCACAUCCGAAAAUACCAAAUUUAAUAGAAUUUAAACCGCAUGCACGUAUUAAGCAAAUUCCAAUGGAAAUGGUACCACACAUGUCAAAAGAACCAGAAAACGAAAACUUAAAUCUCCAACCUGAAUCUAUCUCAGUGCCAUAUAAUAGCCAAGAUAACGAUUGGAAAGCUGUAAUAAGUGAUAGUUUUAAUAAUUAUCCAUCAAAGCAUUCCUUGAAACCAAUUUACUAUCAAGCUGAAGAUUAUUUGGCAAACAGCAAUAUGCAACAUCACACUGAAAGGGUUUCAGACAAAUCCUCUUCCAAAAACAAUGGCUUACAUACGAAGUUUGUAGCUUCUAAACCUCUACAACCCCGUCCCAAUCCUUCAUAUCUUGAUGCUAGUUUAAAUUCGAUACCGGUGUAUCAUCAUUACGGAAAAAAUACGUUGACGACCACUGCUGGUCUCAAGCAUUAUUCAACCUUGCCCCACACACAUAAGCACUUCCAAAAAAAACCUCACAACGAGUAUUCUUCGUACUUUCAACGUCACAAUAAGAAGCCACGUAAGUUGAAAUCAUCAUCCUCAACAGGACCUAUCGCCUUUCCCGAAAACCGAGAAGAAAGCGAACAGGACGCAGCUUCGGCGAGCUUGGUGCAAUCAAUGAUAAAAAAAGAUAACAAACACAUGGCUCCGAUGUAUGCUCGCCACUACGUUGGCGGUAAAAAAUUUACUUACCGUAAGCAUAGAAAUUAAAUUCUCCAUUCCAUUGGAUGUCGUAUAUACAACAAACACCAAACACAGGGUUUGUGCUGCAUACUCUCUAUCCUCCAGCUGU